GUCAUCAUGGCGGAUGUCGAAGCAAAGGUUCUGAAAUGCAAAGAUUAUUUGCUGGCAGAUUUAGAUGAUACAAAGCUGCAGUAUGUUCUGAAGAAGCUUUCACAGUUAAAGGUCACCAUUGAAAUUCUACAGAAAACAGGUAUUGGCAAAAUUGUGAAUACAUUGAAGAAAAAGGAUGGCCCGGUUUCUCACAAAGCAAGAGAAAUUGUUGAUAAAUGGAAAGAAAUGGUGUCUGCCGAGAAGGCCAGAAUGCAAGAGGAAGAAGAGAGCUAUGAAAAUGAAGGAUACCAGAGCGAGGCUGAAGUGUCAGCCAAUGAACACUCAGAUAAUGAAAAUGAGGCUAGACAUUCACCCAAUGAGAAUUCAGGAUAUGAAAGUGAUAAACAUGAAGUAGCCAAUGAAAAUUCUGCGCACAAUCACAAUGUAAGUGAAAAUUCAGGUCAAGAUAGUGAAGCUGAGCGACAAAUCAGUCAUGAAAGAAAAAGACUUGAGAAACACAGAAAGCAUUCCCAACACCACAAGCUCAAUCAUGCUCAGAGUGACUCUGAUAGUGAAACUCACAAUGGUUUCCACAAGAACAAACAUAAGUCACACCGCAAACACAGGCAUAGCCUUUCAAAUGUUAACUCUGACUGUGAUGCAAGUAAUGAUAAAUCAGCUGAAGACAGGCAUCCGAAACACUUAUCUAGUCGUGAUGUUACAUGUGAUAGGCAACGUAAGAGCCGUCAUUCAGCAGAACAGAGUUCUGAUGAUGAAGACAGUGACCAAAAUGGUCAAAGAAUUGCUCACAGAAAGGACAUAGUUGAAAAACAUGAUACUCAUGGUAAACAUAAAUCCAGUCAAAGUAAGAGAGAUUAUAGUGAUAAUGAAUCUCAUAUAUCGCAUGAAAGCAAACAUUCCAGUGAUAGACAUAGUAAGCAUUCAUCAAGAGAAUAUAGCUCCUCAAAGGAAGGCAGGCAUCAUAGAACUUCAGAAGAAAAACAGAGAAAAGAAGGUAGAAAACAUUCAGUUUCUGAUUCUUCUAAGGCAAAUUCAGGGCAUAGAGACAAAUACAAUUUUGAAUCAAAGUCGGGUUCUAGUGAAACUCGUAAAGAAAGAUCACAAGCAGAUGAUGAUAGAUCUCAUUCAUUGAAAGUAGAUAAGUAUAAGUCUUCCAAAGACAGGCAUGAAGUUGAAAAUCACAGUGCAUCAGAAUCUCUCAAUAAACAUCACAGGUCCUCAAUUGACAAAAGUUCCCAUAAGGAGUCAAAGGAGAUACUAAGACAUGAGAAAGUGCCCAAGCUGAGUGACAGUAGUAGUUCAGAAGAAGACACUGAUUAUUCAAAGCAUGAAUCUUACAACAAGGAAGAAAGACAUACGCAUGUUGCUAAACAUAGUAGUAAACACCAUAGUGAAAGAGACUCUUCAGCAAGUAACAGCAGGAGUUCAAAUCAUGAUAGUAAAAGAGACAAGCAUGAAAAUGAGCUUAGAAAAGAUCCUUUCAUCAAACAUGAUCAGCAUAAAAAAGAGAAAGAAAGACAUGACAGAUCAUUGGAGAAAACAAGUAGUAAAGAAAGUAAAUCAGAUCCAAGUCAUAAAAAACAUGAACAACACUCUCAUAGAAGCAAAGAAGAUAAGUCAAGUAGGGACAACCUUAAUUGGCUAGAAAAGUUGACUAAAUCAAGUGAUGAUGCCAGAAGGAAACAAAACUCUCAUACUAUAUCUAAACACAAAGUGGAAGAUAAAGAGCAUAAGAGACAUAAACAUGAAGCGUACAAGUCUGAACAUCGGAAAAGGGCAAGGUCAAGCAGUAGUGAGACUGGUUCACGGUCGGAAUUAAAUGAAUCAGGUCGGUCUUCCAGCCAAGAAAGUGUUGGUUCCUUAAAGACUUCUAAGAAGAAGUCUUUAUCAGAAAGUUCAGAUGAGCAAAGUUCUGAUGUGGAGCAGUUAAGUGAUGAAGAAACUCACAAGGAUAGGUAUGGAAGUAAAGCAGUUAGUAUGUCUAAAUUGAAUGAAAAUAAACAUGAGCAAUCAAGUGAUGAAGAAUUGCAUGCAAACAAACAUCGGAGUGGAGCAGGUAUUGUACCUAGGUCGAAUGAUAAACAUAGAGGAUUGGUAGACAGUCAAAACCUUGCAGAUGAAGGUGCUGAUUAUAAAAAUAGACAAAAAGACAAAGAAAGAAGAAGAUUGGAAAAGGAAAGAUAUGAAAAGCAUAGUAAAGAUAUUGGUAAACAUAGAAGCGAAGCGCAUUCAGAUAAAUAUUCUAGUAAGGAAAGAGUUAGGGAAGAAUCCAUUAGUAAACAUAGAAGUGAAGGGCAUUCAGAUAAACAUUCUAGUAAGGAAAGAGUUAGGGAAGAAUCCAUUAGUAAACACAGAAGCGAAGGGCAUUCAGAUAAACAUUCUAGUAAGGAAAGAGUUAGGGAAGAAUCCAUUAGUAAACAUAGAAGUGAAGGGCAUUCAGAUAAACAUUCUAGUAAGGAAAAAGUCAAGGAAGAAUCCUCCAAGAAAAGAAAGUAUCAUAUACUGUCUGAAAGUGAUUCUGAAUCUGAUGUUAAAGAUGAACAAGUUGAUGACAGGCACAGGUCUCAAAAGCAUACCAAACAUGAACUUGACAAGCAUAAGGAAAGGGAAAGAACAAAGGUUAAGAAAGAGAUAACUGAUGAAAGAAGCAAUAGAAGUAGUAGUGAAAAGGAGCAACAUGGUAGAAGUGAUAGUAAACACAAAUCAGAUUAUGAUCAUAAGAAAAGUAGAGAAGGUAAACAUAGUUCAGAAAGUGAAAAUAAAGCAAGUUUACAUGUUGAAAGCAAACACAAUUCAAGUAGUGAUGGUAAAAGUCGAAGUAGUAAUGAUAAACAUAGAUCAGGCAGUGACAUCAGACAUAGCUCAACUAAGGAAAGUAGAUCAAGUAAGGAGAUUAAAAGUUCUUCUAGCAGCAAAAGUAAACUUGAUUCUAAUGGUUAUAGUUCUGUCAAAGAAAGUGCUGAUAGUGAGCACAAACAUGUUUCGAGAAGUGAUAAAACAAAGACUGAUAGUGAAGCUAAACAUCAUAAAGGUAGUAAAGAACACUCAGAUGGACAACACAGUGAGCAUAGGCAGAAAACAAGCAGUAGAGACAUCAGUAGAUUAGGGAAUGAAACAAGCCAUAAGUCAGGAAGUGAAAGAACGUCCAAAGACCACAAAGAUAAUAAUCAUAGGGAGAGCAAAAUUGACAAGUCUUCAACUCAGGGAUCUGAAAGUAGUCAUAGAGAUAAGAAAUAUGAAAGUAGUGGUCGCUCAAAAUCUAGUCAAAAAGUGGCUGAUGUUAAAGUUGAGAAAAGUGUUGAUAGUAAGGAUAAAUACAGAACUGAGAAAGACUUUAUUGAAAGUUCUGAUAGUGAUGAAAACUGUGAUAAAUAUAAACGUUCUUCAUCUAUGCAUAAAAGAAAAGAGCACUCUGCGAAAAGGGACUCUGAUUUGAAGAAACUUGAAUUAGAAAAGGAAAAGCUUAAAGCACAUAAGAAAAAUAAACACAGAGAUAAGUCUCCAGGUAAAUCAAGCAAGAGACAAAAGGUAGAACCCAUGGAAUUUGAGGACAUGCUUUGUUUUGACAACAGUGAUGCAACAGUGUUAGAGAACGUUGCUCCAAGAAAGAGUAAAGAGAUUAAAAUUAAGCAUGAAAAAGAUAAACACAGAAGGGAUAAGUCUGGUGAAAACAAAAGAGAUAAAGGUGAUAAGGUUAAAGCAGGAAAGGUUAAAACAGAAAAGGUUGAAACAGAAAAGGUUGUAAAAUAUGAAGAGUUGAGGGCAAAGUUCAAGGUGAAAAAGAUAAGUGAUUCAAAGACAUUUGGACAUGGAGGAAAAGUGGAGGGGACAAAGAGGAAGGCAGAGGGACAGGAGGAGGAGCCAGCUGCCAAGAAAAAGGUUAGUGGUGACCUAGCCAGCCUACUGCCGUCCACCCAGGCUCACUACCGACCGUACAGAUACUCAGAUGUCCAGGAUAGACACCAUGACUCAGAAGGAGACGGUUCCCAAUUUCUGUUACAGAGGAAUACCAGAACUCAGGUGUAUUCAGGCAAGAAACAUAACACUGUUCCAGCUGUGUAUUCCCUGUUUGACCUGUGUAUGAAGGUGCUACAAGAUAACAUCGACUGUAUCGACUAUGUUGGCGGCAUCCCAUUGUCCAUCCUAGCCCCCGUGAUGGAGAAGUGUUCACCGAAACAACUCUACGACCUCGAAGACUAUAAUCCUCAUUUCCUGGAGGACUCGGACUACCUCUGGAAGCGUCACUGUGAGCGUGAGUUCAAGAGCGUAGAGCCUGAUGAGAUGGAGACUUGGAGGGAGCUAUAUCUGCGCAAGAUGGAUGAGCGGGAAAUCAAGCUUCAGUCUAUCCGGGCCAACAUCACUAAAUCCAUGGCAAGGGCCACCCCAGUGAAGACCACAAAAAUGGCAUUUGUGGACAAUGUCGUGAAGCCUCCACGUGAAGUGCGCCGACAGCAGGCCAGGUUUGGUACCUCUAACAAUAUGUCGCGGGGAAAGAAACACCACUUCCCGGGUGUUGAUAUGAUCUCCAUCGGCCGGGCCAAACAGCAGAUGGCAGAGAGAGCCCAGAAGAAGCCCAUGAUGCAGAAGACGCUACACAUGGUCAAAAACUUGAAAAAGAGAUGAAAACUGAGUCAAUAUGACUGGAAAGAUUGAAUGUGGUGUAGUCUGGUGUUUGCUGACAAGUGAUCAGCCUUAUUUCCCUGUGGCUAGCUGCCAGAUUAGAAGCCAAGUGUUUAGAAGCACUGAGUUCAGGAAUGCUUUUUUUUGUCACUAUAGAUGUGAACAACAUUAUUUCCAUGCAACAGGGGAACAAACUAAAAGCACAGAAUUUAGGAAAGUAUUUUCCUUUCACUAUGCUAAUGAAGUUAUUUUCAAGCAACUGUGUACCAGAAAAGAAGGAUGGAGUUCAGGAAUACAUUUUCCUGUCACUAUUUUAAGGGCAUCAUUUCCAAGCAACCGUGUACCAGAGCAGAAGGACGGCGUCCAGGAAUACAUUUUCCUGUCACUGUGUAAACGGCAUUGUCUUCCUGCAACCGUGAACCAGACUAAAAGUACAGAGUUCAGGAAAUCAUUUUCGGUGUACCAGACUAGACUGUGAUGCGUUGUGUAUGUUCAGGAAAAAUGAUUUAUCGAUACUUGAGGUGAUGCAAACUGUGGUGUAGGAUGCUAGACCUGGAAUGGGCUGUUUGCAAAUUCUUUACAUAUAAACUGUGUGGUUUAAUCUGAAAGAGAGAAAUCAGAGGAAUGAAUAAAAUGAGUCCUCUAUGUAAAUUAUACAAUACUUAAUGUGUACAGUUUGUGAGUCCAUAAGGAAGUUGAGUCUAUGGUUGCAAAAUCUUACCAGUGUUUUGGACAGAGUAUAAAAUUGCUCAUUUUAAUCAAAGGUUAAAUUAUAAGAACUGCACUUGGACAUAUAUUUGAGUGAUACAAAUUAUAGGAAUGAUUCUCUGAAAAAUGAACACGUGAGUUAUACAGAGUGCUGCAUUGUUUGAUUUAAAGUUUAAAGCUGCACUCUCACAGAUUGACCGGCUUGACAACUUUUUAUAUUUUUUGUCUUGUAAUGAGCUAAUUUUUGCAUACGUUAUAGAUGUCUGGUAACCAAUGAUAUUAGAUUGUUGACAAAAGAUCAGAUCACAGUUUUUCAAAUAUUGUGUUUGAAAUUUAAUGUUUUAUAGCUGAAAGCGUUACUAACUCUUUAAGAAAAAUGAGUUUUCCACAUUAAACCUAAAACAUGGCUGACCAAGACAAAAAGAAAUGUUAGUCAAACUUUGAGAGUGCAGCUUUAAGUCUUAUUUUUUUUAAUACUAGUGAAAAUGAGGCUUAUGGUAACAGCUUUAUGAUGUACUUCUGUCCAGUACAUUGGAAGAGAAUAAGAAGGGGACAAUGGGCUGAAUGUUCAUUACUUUGUUUCAGUUAACAACAUUGUUAACCUCUGAAAAUUCUUUCUUCUCUGAAAGUUUUAAGAAUAUAAUUGUGAUCCGUGAUAUUUAAAUUAGAUUUAAGACGACUGUUUAGCUGUUCUUGUUGAAAAAAACUACAUAUGAACCGAUCAAAACAUAUUUUAUGAGUUAACAACGAGGAAUUUUAACAACAUUGUUAAACUUUAAAAAAGUUCUGAGCAAUAGGCAAACUGUCAUUUAAGUGCUUUAUUUUUGAUAAGUCAUAAUAAUAUAUAUGUCAUUUAGUUAUUUUGUACAGAAAAUAAGUUUUCUUUUUCAUAUAUAGAUGUGUACAUGUAUAUAGUAAUUAAAUUACUUUUGCAUUAUUUAUUUCGUUUUAAGUUUACUGUUUUUGUUGUAUUUUUGUUUUACAUACCGGUUUACCUGUUGACUAGUGUAAAUAUUAUUAAGGUAGUCCAUCCAUAAUUAGUACGAAAAAUUGCUACUGGUAAAGUUUCGAAGUUGCAAAAUGUGAAGAAUAUUUUUAAGGUUUUCACUGAGAGUUUUUAUGUAGACAUUAUCUUAUUAAAGAAACAAAUAAAUAAAGUUGGUAAAUAUUUAAUAUUCAUUGUAAAAUUAUUUUAUCACCUCCCUUUAAUAUAUUAUAUGCUAGUCCCGUCAUUUUGAUGUAAUUCAAAAAUGUUAUCCAUGCAAAGAUAUAGAAUAGUUAAUCAAUAUAAAUUAAACACGCAUAGAAACAAUUUUGAUGUUAAUUGCUAAAAUGCACUAACACAUCUUUGCAUCCUAAUGAUGGAUGGCCUACCUUUAUUGUAUUUUUAUCAGCAUAAUUUCAUACAUGAUCUGUUAUAGCCAGGUUGAAGUAUUUAUUUAUAGAUGCUUAAUUCUGUUUACCGUACCACAUGGAUAAGACAGAUAUAUGUAGGGUUUUAGCUAGAGUUAUUGAAAGGUGCUGUACCCUGUCCUUUCCUUGUAGCAUGCCUGUGCCCUCUGCCCUCGUGGUGACCAGCAUGUGUACCUUUCUGCCUUUAUAGAAUUAAAUAAUAAGACAACAGUCUGAGACAAUGUACCCUGUCCCUUUUAUGCAGCACCUCGUCCUUUAUAAUACUUGGCAAAAAUGCUAAAAGAAGUUUUGAUUAUAAAUUAAAUACAGGAGUCUUGGUUAAAAUAAAUAAUCCAUACUAUUGGUUUAGCUGUAAUGUACUGGUGUAUACAAGACAUACAUGUGUUUAAGCGUAUUGUCAUUUGUUUGCUAUUGAAAAUGACUAAAAAAAAAAAUGAUCAGGCAUGUGGAGGAUUUGAGCUUAAGAGAGUGUAACAACUUUGAAUAAAAUUUUCCCUCGAGAAUGUGGUUUCACAUGAUUAAAGAAUGUACAUAAAAAUGUAGUUUAUGAUCUGAACGUAUCAUUACAGGGUAUUUGUGGCAUAUGUUCAUUCUGCAAAAUAAUUCUGGGCUUAAAGAAAAAAAUUGAGGGGCCGAUUGACAUGAAGCAUCUAAAUGAAAAUUUUCACCUUAGUGACUGCUUAUUUUCUGAGUUGAAUUUAAGUUAAAUUAUAAUGUUUUAACACCAAAUGUAAAUCAGAAAGAAAAGGGCCCAAUUAAAUAAAAGCAUAUUAAUAAAUUUGAUAAAAAAAUAGGGUUUUUUUUAAGUUUUUUAAAUAUUCUUUGUAUAAAUCUUUAAAAAAUUAACUAAAUUGAAUUUUUUUACUAAGAAGCUUUAUGAAUAUUGUCCCAGGGUGUAUGACUUGGAGCCAGUCUAUUGGCAGUGCAAUGCUAUGUUUUAGUUUCAUUUAGGUUACGCUUAACUAUAGACUGCUUGGCAUAUAUUUUAGUAUGCAAGUUGGUGGUAUAUAUUUUAUUCCUUUUCAGAAAAUGGCAUGAAAUAGACGGAGAUUUUCACUAAGCCAUACAAAGAUUAUAAGAUUUUUUAGGCCUUGGGUAAAAAAAAUAUAAUUCUCAUUGCCAAAGUGCCAUCGUCUUUUAAACUGCAUAGAGAAAGAAUAUACUUUCAGAUAAGCCGUGACUGGUAAGGUUGACUGCUAGGUGACACCGUCGCAGAUUUUGUGGUCACAGCAUUUCGAAAUGAACUAUAUUAUGUUACAAAAAAUGGUCAUAAUGCAGUGAGAAAUCAUUUAUUAUAACUAUUUCGCAUAAAAAAGGGAAAAUAAAUUUGCAGUGAUACCUCUUAUUUGUGUAGUACAUUGCGUUGCUUUUCUUAUCAAUUUUUGCCUUGUUAUAAUUGGACGAAAAAAAAUCAGAAGAGCUUUGUCAUCCAUAAUAGUGCUGGCGUUUAAUUAUUUAUACUUGUGAUAGAUAUAAAUUGUUUAUAGUGGUACAACAAUAUAUAAUUAUGUAUGUAUAAUACCAACACAUUUUUUAUUUAAACACUUAGUGCUAGCCUAUAUUAUCCUUUCAUUAUUACAGUAAAAUGUAUGUCUUUCAUAUUUAAUGUCCUGUUGAGCUGUGAAAUAAUUAUAUUCCUGAUCAUUCCAUGUUAAGCACAAGUACCGGUACGAUAAAAUUGUAUAGCUUGUUCAAUGAUACAUAUAUUUGUGCUGUAAAUACUUAUGUGUGUUUUCCCUAUCAGUCAAUGGUAAGGAAAUGAGUGUUAUGUGAUAAUGGUUGAUUUUAAUUAUUUGUGCCAUUAGCAAUCCACAGCAGUUUGAAAAUGGUUUGAAAGCAUUCAGUUGAACUCUGUUACGUUUAUUAUUCCUUGGAAUUUGACUCAGAUGUGAGUAUGUGGCUUUGUUUUUUUUAUUUUGUUUGGAAUGGAUUUCAGUCUUGUUUGCCUUGAUAACAAAUUAAUUUCAAAUUGGUAAUUUUUAGCUCUACUGGCCAAAGGCCAGAAGAGCUUAUGCGAUGGUAAUGUGUACGUAGUAUGUGCAUCCGUGCGUCUGUAAACAAUUGCUUGUGAACACGAUUCAGUCUUCAGUUUUGAUUGUAUCUCGAUGAAACUUGUACAGUAUCAGCCAGAUCCGCCCAUAGUUGCCUAGAUUAUGGGCCAUGAAAGUUUUAAAGAAAUGCUUUCUAUUUUUAGCCAGGUCUGCAUGAGCGAAUUCUAUUUUUAGCCAAGUUUACAUGUACAUGUAAAUUCAAGUCUAGAGUUAAGGGAGACAAUUUGCAAGUCUAGGAUUUUGAGAGACAAUUUGCUUUUUGCUUCUGUAGUUGAUUUUGUGAAUUACUCUGCCUUGUUCUUGUUGAAAGCCCAAAGGCCAUUUUUUAGCUUUAAGUUCUGUAGUUUGCGCAUUCAUCUUAACAAAAUUGGUUGUGAAUGUUUAAGUUAUGCACCUGGUGUCAUUACUGGCCACACCCAGGGUUCACAGGUUUGGUAAACAUAAAUCUGAAAAGGUUUGAAAAUCUUUUUGUGUGUUCGUACAUCCAUCUCAGCACAAUUGAUUGUGAAUGUUUGUUCAAAUUGGUCAAUGUUGUCCUAGGAUGCCCUUGACUUUGACCUUUUGACCAACUUUUUUUAACUUUUAAAACUACAGAAAUUUUUACUAAGAGUACAGUUUUGAAAGCAUUUUUUUUUUGUCAGAUGACUUUUACUUGGCUCAUAUUAAAAUAGUUCAGCAACUAAUCUGCUUACAAUACUUUCUGGGCUCAGAUGUUGAACGUGCUACGUUUUCAGGUAACCCAAACACAAAACAUAAAGUAUAUGUCUGUUGCCUUUUACCCAUACAUACAUGCUCUGGAUUGAUAUGACAACAAAAGCCAUGCCAGUAGAGCAUAGGCCCUUUUGGGCCUCUUGUUGUUGUACAUUUCCUUCUAUUGUUUACAUUGUUAACAUCUGAAUUUAUUCCUGAUGGCAUUCCUUGUGAUCUAAAUUUCUGUUUUAAAGUAGCUAUUGUUACAUGUAUGUAUCAUAGUUUGGUUACAGACAUUAAACAACAAGCAAAUGUGUAAAAACAGGUUUGGUAGGUGUAUUGUUUUGAAGGUUUUACUUUUUGUGGUGCUGCAGUCAGCUCAAUCUUGUGUACACAAUAAUUAUUUAUUAUCCUAUUGGUAAGAAAUCUGGUGACAAUCUUUGGGAGCAUACUGUGACAUUAAAGGGACUAGACACUAGAUACUACAAUUGCAAAACAAAAAGAAAAUUGUCAAAAAUCUUACUUAACUGAUGUAUGACAUUGCUUACGUCAAAUGCAUCUUUCAAAGUUUUCCAAUUUCAAAUUUACUGGGGUAGUCUACCAUGUUAUCCCAGUAAGUUUAAAAAUAGCGUCAGUAUAUAAUCUGUACUCAUAAACAGAUAUGAUUUAAGCUGGAAAAUUAUUAUGCGCUAUUUACAUGGAAAAACACAGAAGAGACAGCAUGUAAAGUGAUGUACUGUAUUAUCGACCUGACCUGCUAGCAUACAUUGACAAUUCUAGGCUUGUUUUGAGGAAAUACUGUGUUUGCCAAUUUUUGGACCAUCUGGUGUCUAGCCCCUUUGAAGCUUGAAUGUCAGAUAAAUUGCUAAAGAAAUGCCUGAGCUAUGCCCCCUUUAGAAAUAUAAGCUAACAUUUUUGAUGUACCGUAAUUAAAAUAUAUCUGGAAAAAAAAUACCAAUGUGACGUGUUGCAACAUAAAAUUGAUUCCAUGGGAGUAUUCACAAAAAAAAUGAAUUUACAAAAAAAGAAAAUUACCAAAGAAAUAAAAGUGUUAGUGACUAUAAGCACUACAGUUCUGAAUGUGCAACACAAUUAUUAUAUGCCUCUUAAAUUUUGGUAUUUUAUUAAAUAUUUCUUUAGCUGAUCAUGGACUCUCCCAAUAGGCAAUGCAUCUAAAUCCUUGAAAAUCCUAGUUUAUGAAAUAUGUAAGCUCCAACAAUUCUUACUUAUUCAAUUAAAUCAGUUUAAUAAACUGGAUUUCAGUGGCAUUGUUGUUUUAUUUUACAUCUACAAGGAUGAUAUUUAUUAAAAAAAUGUUGAACAAUUGCUCAUGUCCUGCUCUCCUUCCUUCCUGGUUGAUGGAAAGUGAAUUACACAACAAUAAAGAUACAAUUCUGAUUACAUGUACAUGCCAGCAUUAUUGUCUAUGCUCAAGUGUUGUUUGAGUUGACCUCUGAAACAUGUUUUUCUGAAUAAAAUUUAUAUAUGA